AUGGAGUACUCCUUCAAGCCUAGGCCAAUAACGCCGCGAAUCAUCAUCCAUGGCGGCGCCGGCAACAUCACCCGCGAGAAUAUGCCCGCUGCCUCCUACGAAGCGUACCGCUCCAGCCUCCUCAACAUCCUCGACCGCGCGAACAAGAAGCUCUCCUCUCCCAGCGCCACUGCUCUAGACAUCGCGACCUACGCCGUCUCCCUCCUCGAGCUCGAUCCGCUCUUCAACGCCGGCCAUGGCGCCGUCUAUACGACUGCCGGGACCCACGAACUCGAAGCUUCAGUCAUGGUGUCUCGCGGCUACCGGAAAAGAGGCGUAGGCGUGAUGAAGGUGCGAAGGACGAAAAGCCCGAUCAAGUUAGCCAGGGAGAUGUUGCUGAGAGGGGAGACGGAGAAUGGUGGGGGAGCUCAAGGCCAUAGUCAGUUGGAGGGCGAGACGAUUGAUAAGCUGGCAGAGCAGUGGGGUCUGGAGAGGGUCAAGCCGAGCUACUUUUGGACGAGGAAGAGGUGGGAUGAGCAUCGGCGAGGGCUGGGAUUGGAGCAUGGAGACGAGACGUAUGAGAAGAAGAGGAGGGAGGCUGAUGAGAAUGUGGAGGAAGUGUUCGAUGGGAAGCAGGAGCAAGAUUGGAUGGAUCAGGAAGAGAUGAGUGUUGGAGAUAUACAUUGGGAUGGCAAGGAAUAUCUGCCUCAAGGCACCGUUGGGGCUGUGGUCCUCGACAGCUCUGGCGUACUCUGUGCGGCCACUUCAACCGGCGGACUCACGAACAAGCUGUCAGGCAGAAUAGGAGACACGCCUACACUCGGAGCGGGUUUCUGGGCGGAGGAGUUUCACGAAGAUAUCAAUGUCACGGGCGAGCCAUCGCUCUUUGGAUCUUUGACCAACAUUACUUCCGCAUUCCAGGACUGUCUGCCUGCUCUGCCUCGCUACGCACUUGUCCCAUCUUCAAGCCAACCACUUUCGAGUGUUAGGGCCGUGGCCAUGUCUGGUACGGGCAACGGCGACAGCUUCCUGCGAGUCAAUGCCGUGCGAACAGCCGCUGCGAUUGCCCGAUACUCAUCUCUGCCAGGUACUUCCUCUUGGUCCCGAGUCUACCUUCAAAGAGCAGUUCAAGCCGUCGCUGGCCCUCAUGGUCAGCUGCAGCAUUCGGCGGGAGACCGUUGGAAGAAGACUGGCGAAGGCGAAGGUGGGAUCAUCGGGAUCGAGCUGGUGGAUGGGGAAGGCAAGAUCGUGUUCGACUUCAACUGCGGGGGCAUGUUCCAUGCGUGGGUUGACGACGAGGGGAAAGGGAGGUUCGAGCUGUUUCAAGAUUCGCCAAGACCGUCGUGGUAG